AAUCUAUAGCGUCCGGAAUUAUAACCAUAUGCUCCAUCAUGGGUAAGGAGAUGCAAUAAAAUUUCAUAUCACGAGUCCCACGCAUCUCGUUAAUUUUUCAAUUUGAAUUCUCUCGUAAAAAUAAUGCUCAACCAUACUAUAAGGCGUAAACCAAAAUCGAUUUCACGUUAUAAUAACCAUCGAACGCUACACAAAGGAUCGUAUCGAAACACUGCUGGGAACGAAUUCUGCUGCAAGACCAGAGUCAUGUAAUUACUCGUUACAAUGGCAAUGAAUGAAACGGUGCAAAGUCAAUUCUUCCUCCUGCAAAUUAACACGAAAAACAAUUGCUUAAAUAAAUUGGAGAUAUAGAAAAGAAUAGAAAUUAAUAAAUUUAAAACGAAAAAUAGAAAAAAUAAAGAUCAAAGUGUACAAAUGCAUUCACCUAAGUGCAAAACUAAUUAUCUCGUAAGAGUUUUAUCUACCAUAAUUUUGAUUAUCGAUAGAACACAUAAAACAUUUCCAAAAAAAAAAAAAAAAAAAAUAAUACAGACAAUGUAACUGUGUUUACGAAGAGAUUAUGAAUAUUCAAUUUCGAUGAUUCACUUUCACAUGAAAGUUUUAAGGAUACAAAUCCUUUCGCGGAAGUACGAAAGAAAGAAUAAUACACAUAUAGAAGAUAUAGGAAAAAAGCGGUUAAAAAGAUACAGGAAUUUGCGUAACGUCGGACGAUGUGCUAAGUUUCGCGAUUGGAGAAGCCUCGGGCGUCCAACCAGCAGAGCCUUGACAUUUUCUUCGAUUUUUUCUACGUAUCGCUCGUCUACAAACCUUUUCUUCGAUACAUUAGAAAAAUAUGCUGUAAGAUGGACAGACUCGGUUUGGAAUGUUACUUUGUAUUGCGAGCUCGAAGAAAGUGAGGUUAGGAUGGCAUUAUAGACGCCGUUUUGAGGAAUCAAUAUUUCAAAUCGGAAGAACUAUUUUUGAAUAAGAAAGGUAAUGCAAUUGUAUGAAAAAGAUUAAUUUAUUCAUACACAUAGUAAUCCAUUGUAAAUCCAAAUUUGUCUUAUGUAACAUAGCAUCUCAAAAUUUUGAGUGAUCCCAAAAAACGUAUGAGGGAGGAGAAGACCGAGAAGGAGCCGGCAUGCGUGGUGGUAGAGCGAAGAUCAUAAAAGCUCGUGAGCAGGAGGAUUCAGAUAGUUUUGGUUUCGGAAGUCGAGACAGCAGGAGCUCGAGAUGACCAUAACAACAACGACCGUUCGUUUGUUGAUCGCCUGCGGCGUCCUCGGCUUCGCGAGCUCGGCCAGCGUACACAAAGAUAGCUGUCCUGAAAAGAAUGGUCGAUUUUCUGUGCCAUCCCAAUGUGACGCUUACAUCGAAUGCAUCGAUGGUAUCCCGGAACACAAAUUAUGUCCUGAGGGACUCUUAUUCAAUCCUAACGUGAGGUUCGCCUAUCCUUGUGAAUAUCCUGCCGGUGUGAAUUGUGAUGGAAGACCUAACCGACAGACACCACAGCCAACGGAUGACUGUCCCCAUCAGUAUGGUUUCUUCAAAAUCGGAGAUCAACAGAAUUGUGGCAAAUUCAUGUCCUGUGUAGAGGGGAGAGCACAUGUUUUCCAUUGUCCCGAAGGGUUGGCCUUCAACUCUGAAUCUUAUCGUUGCGACUGGCCUGAUCAAGUACCAGACUGCGAUGUUGAAUCGUUCUUAGGACUACGGUGCCCAAGUGAUCCUAACGAUGAAAAUCGACUGUACAAGUUUGAGUUCUACGCCAGUCCUUAUGACUGUCAACGUUAUUUCGUGUGUGUGAAUGGUCGGCCACGAUUGCAGGUCUGCGAAGAAGGAAAGGCUUUCAGCCAGCUGGAAAACACAUGUCUUCCCGCGCACAACGUCAGUGGAUGUGAACCACUCGGUUUGCCGCAUGAGAAAAAGAAAGUUCCAUUAAUAGGUACAGUUAUAGAGGGAGAAUCAUAGUGAUGACUUUAAUGUACGAAUGAAUGAUUUGCAAAGAGAUACGCUCAUUUGAGAGUAAAACUAUCACGAGUUGCUUUCGAGACCAUUUCUCGCAAAUGGACACUAUGUUCAGAAUGAAUAUCCGAUUUGAUAGUGGCCAGCAUAGUCGAUCUCAACGCAGUGUCUACUUGCAAGAUAUAUCUCAAGAAAAUAACACAUGCAAUUUCUAUUGUGUGCCACUGUAGAAACUACAAGAAAAUGAGUAGAAUGUAAUAAUGUAAAUACAUGAAUCAUUGAUAAGAACUAUUGUAAAAAUGAUGUGCUUGUAUUUAGCACAAAAUUGUAGACCAAAUAGUUUUCAAAUAAAAAAAUCUGUUAGGAAAAUAACAAACAA